AUGGAGGCGGAGGAGGGUAGCCUUACGCGUACCGGAAGUGCACUAGCAGGUACGCGCUACGAGAUUCUGGUGAAUUGCACGGGGCUUACGGACCUGGAUACCCUAACAAAGAGCGACCCAAUGUGUGUGUUCUUCUAUAAACACUUCGGACAGUGGCGCGAGGUCGGGCGGACUGAAGCCAUCAAGAAUACGCUAAAAUGCAAGUUCGUUGGGUCCUUUGUUUUGGACUUCGAUCCGAGCGUGCUGCAGAAUUUCAUGUUUUCUGUUUACGACAUGGAUCACAGGUCCCCGGAGCUCCAUCCUCACGACAUUGUUGGUUCGGUGGAGUUAUCGUCCCUUGAUCUCGUCGACCCGGAAGUGGAUAUCUGCACGCGCUAUAAAACGCUCCGAGUACUAGGUAGCGCGCGAUGUCGUGGGCUUAUCAGCAUUACGUCUGUGUGCAUUCGUGAAUGUCGAGAUAAUGUGUCGUUCCAUGUCGGUGCACACAAAUUAAACAAGAAAGACAAGCUGAUAGGCAAAAAGCCUGACGUGUACCCUGAGAUAUCUCGCAGUAUCGACAAUGUGACGUUCCAUCCAAUUUAUCGCACGGAGACGGACAAGAAUACACAACAUCCCAGAUGGCGUCCUUUCGAGCUUGGUUUACAGCGUUUGUGUAUUGGAGAUUGGGAUCGACAGCUCGAGUUUACAGUUUGGCACCAGAGUGGAACCGGUGAUUAUAAAAUGCUGGGCCGACGGGUAGCAACGCUAAGAGAUAUAAACUCUAUACAAAAGGAAGGCCAUUACAAAGAACUACCCCUUGCGCCGAAGAAAGAAGGAAAAAUGACAAAACGUAUUAAAAUCACAAAUAACGGAUACUUGCGCUUCUUUCAAAUUAGGGUAGAUUGUGACUACUCGUUAUUGGAUUAUGUCACAGGAGGGAUGGAACUAAACCUUUACGUCGAAAUAGACUUUACGGCAUCGAACGGAACACCUGAACAGACGAUGAGUCUUCACGACGUCUCCGAAAAUAAGAGCGCCAUCAGCCGGUACAAAACGGCUGUGAAGCAUUUACGAAUGUCGGGUCCCACGCGACUAAGGCCAGUGAUCUCCUUUGCUGAGUCUCUGGCUGUGCGCGAGCCCACACAGGACAGCCAGGUCUAUCAUGUCCUGCUUAUCAUUACGGAUGGUAUUUUGAACAACAUAUAUGACGUUCUUGAACGCCUGACCUCUAUAAGCCACUUGCCCUUAAUGGUUGUGUUUGCCGGGGUCGGUCAAGUAGACUUUAAGCUCAUGGCCCGUGAAACACUAGCGGUUAUUUCAUCGCAGAUCACAGAAUACAUGCGACGGAAGGAUAUCAUACCAAACAAGCCAAGUGCAACCAGUUUACCACGGUCACACUCUAGUGCUUCGUUGAUCAAUACAAGCCAGACCGAGAGAAUUACCUCAGAAACAAAGAAGGAUUUGUGGAUCAAGAUCAAUGAUGCCUUCAAUGAGGAUUCACAGCACCCCAGAACAGCGGCUGAACUAACAAAGAAGUGGGACAACCUUGUUCAAACCCACCGGGCAAAGUAUUCCCAAUAUAAGAGAGAAUUGGGUAGAACUGGUUCUGGAACAAAUCCUGUGAAACUGUCCGAGGUGACAGAACGAGUUAUGGCAGUUGUUGGGGAAAAUUCACCCAACAUUGUAGGAUUAGGCAGUGGGCUGGACAGCACCAUACUUCAAAUGCAAAGGUAUUUCAUUUACUAA